GCCGCAGUUCUGUACAUUGUCGGUCAGCUGCUCACACAGAUUUCAACAGAAAUACACAGAUAGCAGCGAAAUCAUAACACACUGUCAAUAUUCUCGACUACACACGAAUGACCGAAAACACGACACAUUACUUCACUGAAGACUGAUCAACAGAUCGACGUGUUUGGUGUAGCCUCUUUGGAACAAGACAAUCAUUCAUAUUUGCAAUGGAGGAGCUUCAUGUCCAUUGCUUGAAAUGUGUGAACCGAAGAUGUAUGAUAAGACCGGAAGCUAGUGUGUCCUGUGACCUCAUGGGUUGCCCUCUUGUGUGCGGAGCCAUUUUCCACUCAUGCAAACUGAAUGAACACCGCUUGCUGUGCCCGUAUGAAAGAGUGCCAUGUCUAAACCAUGGAUUCGGAUGUCCAUUUACCGUCCCCAGAGUCAAGAUGGCUCAGCACCUUGAAACGUGUCCAGCCAGCGUUGUGUGUUGCACUAUGGAAUGGAACCGCUGGCCGGUGAGCUAUGCCGAUCGCAAGUCCUACGAGAAUUUGAGUAAGGAAGUUUGUGAUGUGGAACAGCUUGAUAUGGCUUUGGCUCUUCAGGAUCAACGUAUGCUGUUGGAGUCUCUGAAAGUGGCAACCACCUUGACGAAAACAGUGGAAGUGCAGAAUCAGGAAAAUAAAAGGAUGAACUCUGACCCAUGUGAAACAGAAUUGAUAGAAACGGAGGAGGAAGAAUACGCAAUCUCAGCGGAGAACAGUAGAGACUUUGCAGCCACUUUGGAAGUUCUUAAUAGUGCAAAGAAUAUCGACUUGAUUGUGGAAGAUCCUAAAGGUAAGGAGAGAAAUGGAGUUUGUGUAGGUGGCAAGAAUGGCGAUGGGGACUUUAGGAAUGAAGAAAUGAAGGAAAGUGAUACGGACUCAGACUCUGAUCUGGGAGCUGUUGGUGGAGCCGACUGUCCUUUUCCAGUGGACCCAGAGGAAGAAGGAGAUGAUUGGUUGGUGAACAUGUCUUCUGAGGAAGAGGAGGAAGUGAAUGGUGGGAUAGAACUUAACGGACUCAAUGGAUUUCAUGAGGAAGGGGACGAAGACAACCGGGACAAUCUUGAAGAUGCAUCCUUAAAUGUCAGGCAGGUGUUGCCUUAUCAUUCCAUGCCUAUUGUAGCACGGGAGCCAGAAGUUGCUCAACUACCUCUUGCUUUGCCUAUCCCUCUGCCUAACUUGAUGCACAACAACGUCCUGCACCAUUUGCCUUUAAGGAUUGAAGACCGAUGGCUGGAGCGCAAGUUGGAGAACCUCCAGGCACUCAGGGGCGUGAACUUGUUUACACUCAAUGGGCGAAAGGCACUGUUGUACGACCCCUAUUUGUUCAAAGCCAAGAUGGAGGACAAGUCGGUUGACACGUCUGACCUUGAAGUGGCAGAUGAUCCAAUGGGCCUUAAUGGCAUUGACCUCAUCACGGCCGCCUUGCUCUUUUGUUUGGGUGACUCACCUGGCGGUAGAAGCAUCUCAGACAGUCGCUUUGUUGACAGGUAUCGCAUCGACUUGGGCACCCAGACCUUUUCCCUCCCUUCUGCAAUACUGGCCACCAGCACCAUGGUGGGCGACAUCGCCUCGGCGUCCGCCUGUGACCACGCCAGUCCACAACUAUCCAACCCCAGCCCGUUCCACAGCCUCAGACUGGACCUGGUCUUGGAGUGUGUCACUCGCUAUCAGACCAAACAGCGCUCUAUGUUCACCUUCGUGUGCGGACAGCUGUUUCGCAGGGACGAGUUCUCAUCCCAUUUUAAGAAUGUCCACGGGGACAUCCACGCAGGUCUUAAUGGAUGGAUGGAGCAGAGAUGCCCGCUGGCGUAUUACGGAUGCACGCACUCUCAGAGAAGAUUCUGCCCCUCGGUACAAGGUUCUAGAAUCAUCCAUGACAGACAUUUGGGCUCUUUUGGGGUCCAGCCUGGCUUAGUAGCUUGUCCAGAUGAACCAUUUGCAAGAAGCGCCUGUCAUUAUGGCUACCUCUGUGACCGUCUGAGCGACCUGCCCUUUGAGUUACUCCAACAUAUUGCAGGCUUCCUCGAUGGCUUCAGCUUGUGCCAGCUGUCCCGGGUGUCACGCACUAUGAGGAAUGUGUGUGCCAGUUUGCUUCAGGCCCGUGGCAUGGUGGUCCUGCUCUGGGAGAAGACAAAACGCGAUGAUGGAACCUCAUCCUGGCUGGUACAAGACAAGGUGUGGAGAUUCAGUACCGCCUUUGACACUGUGAACGAGUGGAAGUUCGCCAACAUUUCCAGCAUGGCAGACCACCUGAAGACCUGCAAGUAUAACACAGUAGCACGCAGAGAAGACGCCGUACCGCUCCCGUGCAUGAGCUUCACGAGAGAGCUCACGAAGGAGGGACGAUCUCUGCGCUCAGUGCUGAAACCAGUCAUAUAGACGGUCAGAAACAGACAGAAAUGCUGCUCAGAGGUUUUGAUUUGUUUUAUCAUACAUCAGAUGUGCUGAUAGACAUUUUACACGCCUUAUUUGUUCAACAGAACGGCACUUUUUUAUGGCAAAGUAGAAAAAACUCAAGCUGUAGCAUCAAGAAAAUAAACCACUUUUGGAAGAGA